UUGUCAUUUGAAUUUUAAAGUUUUUUCUUUAAAAAUUCAAUUCAAUGCAGUCAGUUUUGAAACAAUAUAAAUAGAAAAUAAAAGGGCCUAUCCAACAAACAUCCCAACAGUGAACAAAAUGAUUGCUAAUUAUUUAGCAUCUGUGCGUAAUAAAUGAUUCAAUUUAUGAACUUACAAUAAUGAGGCAAGAUAAAUCACAAUUUUUUGUAAUAUUUUCUACAUACUGAAAUGCUCAAACAACAACUAUCGCCACGGAGCGUGCAUCCAUAUCAAACAACCGUGGUUCCUCGGAGCGACAAACAGUUAGUGUCGGCGAAUCAACAAAGGGCCAAAUAUCCAUGGGCAGAAGAUAGCAACACUCCUGUGUAUCAACUUACAGGAGUUGAGAGUAGUUCUACAUCAGAAAAUCCCUACCAUGUGCCACAGUAUUACCAAACAACUCAACGUGAAUAUGGCCCUCCAUCACCUGUCUACCAAAUGCCAUAUGCUACAGGAUCAUGGAGAAAUCAUAAAAAGAGCAAAUUUACAACAGUACCACUGCCGUCCAGUACAUACUCAUUUCCGCCCUGUGCAUCAGCAUUCUCACUACCUCUGUGCGAGGGAGACCACUCUCGCACCAUGAGCCAUUCCCCAGUCCUUACCGUGCCAUCAUUAAGUCCAGAAGUUCCUAUCAUAGGUGCCUGUGGAGGUCAUUGUCCAGGAUUUGAAUAUGUCUGCUAUUAUAUUUUACAGGUUAUAUUUGUAGUUGGUAUAUUAACUGGAAUUUCUCUAUGUAUUGCUGGGAUUGUAUUAAGGCGAACCAAUCGCAAUGGUGAUCUUGGAGUGUUAGUUUACAUUGGUUGUCUCUCGUCGUGCGUAUGCGGCGUGCUGCUGGGCGUGCAGUGCUGCGUGCGGCGCGAGAUGCGGCAGAGGAAGCUGCGCGCCAAUGCGCAUAUUCCUAUGCACUCUAUUCAGGAAGCGCCUGUUACAGCUUGCCCCUUGCUGCCAUCAACGUUACAUAGCCAAAUGUAUAGACCCACAACUGGCAAUGUUUGCACUGAAGAGGAAGUAACCGGUGUUCCCUGGUGGCGCCGCGAGAACAUAGACUGACUAGUUUUAAGUUUAAUAUUUGUAUCUACAAGUGAAUACUUUUAUAUUAUUACUGCGGUUUAUUGAAUAAUAUAUUGCUUUAUAAGAAAAGUACCUAUUUUUUAA